CCGUUUCGUAUCGAUUCAAGCGAAACGAGGAUCUCGCGAUAUCUCGUUGUGUCAUUUCAAUGGGUUUAUGCUAUGAUGUAAAAUUGUAUCACACAUACGUCGGUAGACAUGUACCUUUCAGUAUUGUAAUCUGAUUGGCGACCAUUGCGUAUGUCCAUGAAAAUGGAAUUUGAUAAAUAUAUGAAAAGAUGUCAAAAAAUAUAAUUAAGAAAAUACCUGGCGAUAUACCACUUCAUUCGAAAAAGGAAAGCCAAGGUUAUAUCGAAGAUUUAGAGAUAAAGCAAAAAUUUGAAUUGGAGGAACUUGUGGAAAGACAAAAUAAAAUUCUUGCAAACAAACAAUUUAUCUCAAAGCUUCCCGAUAAAGGAGAAAAAAUUGUAAGGUUCCGUGAUAAAUUGUUGAAAGAGCUUGAGCAUAGAAAUGAAGUGGAGACAGCAGCUAAUUUGCUAUCACAACUUAAUAUAGCAUCCAUAGGCAAAGCAGCUAUGACUAAAUUAGAAUGGACAGGAAAAUAUAAUGACAAGAAUGAUGAAAAUACAACCAAAGUUGUAGAACUAGAUAGUGACGAUGAAGAAGAUCCAUUAAAGAUAUUAGCUCAGCCUACAGGAACUGGAGUUCAUAAGAAAAAAAUUAUACACAUAAUACCAGAAGAAAGUCUCAUCAAGCCAGAAGACAUAGUAGAAAUUGAAUCCUUUAAAACAGACAAUUGUUUAGAUGUAGAACAUGUAAAAUAUAUCAUUGAUAAAGUAGAAAAAGCACAAGAAACAAACAAAAAGAAAGAACCAUUUAAGCCAUAUAAAACAACUAAAAGCAAUGUGCACGAUCCAAUAAAAGAGAAACAAAGAAAACUUCCUAAAAAUUGGGAAGUCACAGCAGCUACACCACCUCUUAUAAUUCAUGAUGCAACAAAAGUUCUAAGCAUUAAUGAAUCUUUAAGAUUGCAGACAGAACAAACUAAAAAAUUACAGGAAAUUCAAACAAAACACGCAAUAGAGCGUUUAACUAAUCAAAUAGGAAUGCACAAUAUUGGUCCUAUAUCACAAGAUAUUGGAAAUUAUCAGUUACGACAUACAAAUAAUUUACCUUCUUCCUCUUCUUCCUCCGAUGAUGAGGAAGAAUACGAAGUACAAGAUGAAGAAGAUAAUGAUAGAAGUGGAACAGUUGUAUUUACUGUAGAUUCUAUAGAAAGCUAACAUUACACAUUUGCAUACACAUUUUGUAUAUUAAUAUUAGUGUUUCAAGAGUUAAUAUUUAUUUUUA